GGGAGGCGAGGAGCAGCCGAGGGAACUACGACAGCCGCCGCCGGGCGGUCGCUCGCGGUGCGAAGGUGAUGCAGAGUGAUGUCGGACAGUGCUCACAGCUGGCAGGGCUGUGCAGAGAGAGCUUUUGAGAGCAGCGUCAUGCCAUUCCUGAAAUGCCUCUAGGAUUCUCCCGUUUCUGCUGCAUCAUCCCUCUGUGGCUGGAGCCAAAGGAGUGGCGAUUGAGGCCCGGUUGAAGCUGGUGCGAAUGUGACGGCUUUUAAAGGGUACCUGGAAUCCAUUCCGACGUAAUUUUGGCCAUGGCUACGCAGAUAAUUUGCCGAAGAUUUGCAGGGCGAUCUUGCAGGUCAGCUGCAUUUUCAACUACAACCAAGGCUGGGGGCCAGAAGACGUUCUUCGGAAAGAGAGAAGAGGGCCGGAGAACCACCAAGGCAGACAAAGGUUCUAAACCUGCCAUCCUGUGGAAGCCUCCAGAAUACAGGGUAACUUUUGAUCCCUCAGCUUACGCUGCGGCAAAAGGUGUCGAUCAUGAGGGUGUCUCAAGAGGUUUGGAAGAAGAAUCACAUGAAAGCAACCACGGCAGAAUCAACCUCAAACAGACCCCAAAUUCAUACAGCAUUGCCAGCUCGCAAAGGCUGGACACAGGAGAAAAUCAGCUGUCCACCCAAGCUCCUUUGAUGAAGCCAGACAAACUACUCUCUGUGCAAGCUGAUGGACACGCUGCCUCCGUGGAAGCUUAUGACACUAAAGAAGAUCCUAGAACAUUCCAGAAGCUAAGGCCUGAAUACAGGUCUCUCUGUUACAACACAUACGAGGGCUCUCUGCUGAUUUCCGCAGAGGAAAUGGAGCCGAUCCUGCAGAAAGUUACUGUGCUGAAAAGUAACCUGACGCCAGGAACAAUUGUAGAUUAUUUCUCCAAACUGAGCUAUUUGCCGGCAGAACAACACAGGCGUUUGAUGUCCAGUGACGGGUUUGCCAUGCUGUGUCACUAUGGUGUUCGGCACAUUAAGCUCUUUGAUGUUUCUGAGAUUAUUACACUUUUAAAAGCAUUUGUCCGCCUAGCCAUUCCACCCACCCAUGUUAUGAUGAAUGUAUACGCAAUGGAGUGCUGCUUUCGGGCACAGGAGAUGAGUCUGAACCAGCAGCUGCUGGUGGCUGACUUGUGGCGUUGCUUGGGGCGUAACAUUUCUCAGUUUUUAGAGACUAUGUUGCGCUAUGUGAACUCGCAUUGGCAAGAUCUCACUUUGGCCCAGCUGGUUCAGCUAGUUUAUAUCAUCGGUGAAAGCCGCAAAGUGCCGGAAGAGCUGCUGCAGAAACUAGAUUUCUUGGUGAACAAGCACUUGGAUUUUCUCAACCUGGAGGAAGUGGGUGCCAUUUGCUUGGGCUUCUUCAAGUCAAAAGGUAGUCUUUCGGAAUGCACUAUGCAAAAAAUUGGAGACAAGGUCUCUGGCCAUCUGGCAGACAUGAGCAAUUAUGCCUUAGUGAACAUCCUGAAGAUGUUUCGCUUGACUCACAUAGCUCAUUCAAACUUUCUGACAGAACUGGGGAGUGUUGUUCCUGCACAGAUACCAACCAUGGGCAUUCAAGGUGUCAUGCACAUAGCGCUCGCCUGUUCGGCAUUGCAUUAUUUCGACGAAAGGAUCAUGAAUGCUGUUGCGUCUUCGGUGCCUUCCAGGGCAGCUUUCUGCCGAAGCAAAGACAUCGCCAAAUUCUUGUGGUCAUUCGGCUGCUUGAACUAUGAGCCACCCAAUGCAGAGGAAUUUUACGCCAGCCUCGAGAAACAGAUCUACACAAAGAUGCAUGAAUUCCAGAACUUCCCUGAGCAUUUGCUCACCUGCUUGCUUGCUUUAGCAUUUGCACAGCGGUUCCCCCACGACCUGAUCGACUACGCCCUGAGUCCUGAGUUCAUUGCAAUAAGCAGCAGGAACAACUUUCAACUUGAGAAGGACUUUUUCACCCUCGAUGGAACGGUGGAGAUCGAAUGUCCCGAUUACACGGGCAAUCGACUUGCUCCCCAACUUAAGCAGGAAGUGACAGAAAUGCUGUGGAAUUUUGCCAAGAAGUCUAUCUGCACGAAGCCAGAAGUCUCUGAAGCCAUGUCUCUGCUGGAAGAUAUGUUGGGUGGGCCACAGUUUAUCAAGACCCACAUGAUCUUGCCUCACACCAGAUCAAUAGAUUUGGAGAUACAUUUAGACCCUGAUCUACAACCAGUGCCAUUUAACUCCGAAGCUGAAGGAACAGCGAGUUUGGAAUUAAAUAAGAGUGGUAUAGCACUUACCACCGACUUAAUGAGUCAACUCUUAAAAGGGAAGUCGAGCGGCCAGUCCCCAGUGAGUGACUGUGAAAGCAAGACUGAAACAUGUAUCCAGGAAAAAGCAGCAGCAGUACAAGAGCAGUCUCUGCCCACUUCAAAUCAUUUUGCAUUUUCUAGUGGACUUCCACUUACGGAUACCAUCUUGGAUGCUUUGCUGAAAUCAGAGGCGGCUCGUGAAAGUCCAGCCCCUGGUGGAGGCAUGAAGCUCGCGGUUCAGCUCUCCAGCAGGAACCACUAUUGCUAUGGCUCAAAACGCCUGCUGGGGUUACACAAUUUGAAAAGGCGGCAACUCCGUCAAAUUGGGUACAGAGUGGUAGAACUACCCUUCUGGGAAUGGUUUCCAUUACUGAAAUCUGGCCAUUCAGAAAAACUGAGCUAUUUGCGCUCUAAAGUGUUUGGCUCUUUGGGAGAAGAAGAGGCCAACGCAUCAUGUAGAACCAAACUUCUAAAGCCAGCAUGCUGAUGCUUAGUGACAGCCAAGUUCUGUGAGGCGCAGCAUUAGAAUAAAGCUGACUUUUUCUAAGCGA